AUGGAGGGCUCCCCUCGCAAAGUUGGAAAUGAUGAAAUCAGGAAGAUACCUGUGCCAGCUAACAGGUACACGCCAUUAAAGGAGAAUUGGAUGAAAAUAUUCACGCCUGUCGUGGAACACUUGCAACUUCAAAUCAGGUUUAAUUUAAAAACAAGAAACGUUGAAAUCAAGACUUGUCAAGAGACAAAGGAUAUAAGCGCUCUAACAAAAGCAGCUGAUUUUGUGAAAGCAUUCAUACUUGGGUUUCAAGUUGAGGAUGCUCUUGCUCUCAUCAGAUUAGAUGAUCUUUUUCUAGAAUCCUUUGAAGUUACAGACGUCAAACCUUUGAAAGGAGAUCAUCUGUCAAGAGCAAUAGGAAGAAUAGCUGGGAAAGGUGGAAAAACCAAGUUCACUAUAGAAAACGUAACAAGAACACGCAUAGUUCUUGCUGAUGCGAAAAUUCAUAUUUUAGGAUCUUUUCAGAACAUAAAAAUGGCACGAACAGCAAUUUGCAAUCUAAUUUUAGGGAGUCCUCCAUCCAAAGUUUAUGGCAAUAUUAGGGCUGUGGCCAGCAGAGCAGCUGAAAGAUUCUGAGAGGCGGAAGGGCUGCUGUACCAAGGACUGUGGCUGGGAAUCUUGAUUUCUGUAUACAUGAGCUAUGUAUUAAUGGAGGCCUGGAGUUACAGAUGUACCUGCCCCAUCUUCUACUUGAUUUAGAAGCCCAGAAGAUAACCAGGACUACUUGUGCAGUCCAGUCUCCUUCAGGCAUACUGACUCAAGUAUUUUAAGUCAUUCUUCCUUGUGUAUAGAUAUUAAAAAGUCUUUUAUAUUGGCUGUCUGUA